AUGCGGCUCGGAAUACCACGCUUCCCCAACUACGGGGUCAGAGGACUUCAAUCCUUCUUCUCACAAAAAGAUCUGGCAGACGACAUUCCCCCAAGGCCAUCGAGGUCUCUUGAGGGGAAAGUCGCCAUUGUGGCUGGAGCAGGAUGUGAAGGCGACGGCCUCGGUAACGGCCGAGCUAUCUCGAUCCUGUUAGCCGAAGACGGCGCUUCAGUGAUUUGUGCCGACCUGAAUCCCACAUGGGCUGAGAAUACUAGUUCCAUGAUCCGCUCAGAAGGCAAAGGGGACAGUAUCAGCUGCCAGGCAGAUGUCACGAAACCUACUGACUGCCAGAAUGUGGUUGAUGCGGCACUAUCCAAGUUUGGCCGAAUCGAUAUCCUCGUUAACAAUGUAGGAAUUAUGGGCGCUAGGGGCACAGCAACGGAGUUCGACUUGGAUCAAUGGCGUCGUGGGCUCGAAAUCAACGUCACGAGUAUGGCGAAUAUGGUUAAGGUUGUCGUCCCUGAGAUGCGCAAGAACGACGAGUCUUUAGGUCAGAUUCGUGGAAGUAUUGUCAACAUGGGCUCGGUUGCUGGAUUAGUAGGGGGCACUCCCCAUUUGCUGUACCCAACGAGCAAAGGGGCCGUUCUGAAUAUGACCCGUGCAAUGGCGGCACAUCAUGCAUCUGAUGGUAUUCGCGUAAAUUGCGUUUGUCCGGGUAUGCUCUACACGCCCAUGAUGUAUUCGAAAGGCAUGAGUCCGGAGACUCGGGCAGCGAGAAGAAACCGAAGUCUCUUGCGAACGGAAGGUAACGCAUGGGACUGUGCAACGGCUGUUAGGUUUCUAGCUAGCGAGCAGGCUCGUUGGAUCACGGGUAUGGUUCUCACAGUCGACGCCGGUGCUACUGCCGUAUCAGCCAUCGAGCUUGUGUGA